AAGUUAAGAUUUUAAUGAAGUGGAUUUUUUGCUGAUAAUACAAGUGAAGACCUUACUAACGUUGUUAUUACUAUGACAAUAUUUUCAAACUGGACUCGACGAACAAAUGUUUCCAUAUAUUAGGUUACACUUUUCAAGCAUUUUCAGAGUACUGUUGAGGUAAUGAAGUUUCCUAAGAACGUUGUUGCUACGGACUCAAGUAUGAAUAAAACAUACGCACAUUUUUAUAUUAUUUAAAUACACCAGGUUUCAUUCUCGUUAUCAAACGCGAAAAUACCUCACAAAAUCAAUACCAUUGAUUUCUUCUCAAUAGAUAAAAUACGUAAGCAGUCUACUGGCAUUUAAUGUAGCAUUUAAUUCACAGUAUUGCAACCAGGAAGUAAAUAAGAAAAAAAGAAGGCCACUUUGGAUAUUUAUUGUCGUUCUUCACAAAUCGUCUUUUGCUGGUUUAUUAGAAAGUAAGAAAUGUCUGUCGAAACAUAAAAAUGGGCGGAUGCGUCUCCUCUGUCGGAGAUGAAAAGGCACAAGACGAAAAACAUACAGAUAACAUAGAUGCUAAGGAAGAAGAGAAAGAGGCGGACGUAAUUUCUCCAAGAACGAUAUCCGUACAGCCGAUGGAAUCUAGAGAAGUUACUGCGGCAACUGUAGAUCCAAGGUCCCACGCGAAGACACAAGACGAUGUUAGUGUAGGCCUGGCAAACACCCUUGUUGUAAAACAAGAUGCACGUCCGCAACCUCACACGACCUCGCAUGUUAACCACACCAAUGCUACGGAAAUACACCGUGAUGAACUGGUUACGUCUACAUCUGACAGAUAUGAGAAAGGCACACAGGCAAGACACUCGCAGGGUUACCGCAAGAAAGACGGAGGUGAGGUCAGUUACAGAAAUGAAGACACAGGAACAGUCGACCUUAAGUUACAGAUACAGGAACUGAGGAUCGAGCGCAAUGAGAUGUUUAAGUUAAAUAAUGAAUUCAUGAAGGAAAAAGAACACCUUUGGAAUUCACUGGUACAAAAGGAGAAAGAAGUCGACGAACUCCGAACAAGAUUGAGUCGAGUUGCCUCUGAACGUCUCACAGAUAAUAACCCGAACGUAGCGGAUCUUAGCGAUCCAAAUCGUCCGGUGAAAAUAGCAGACACAUAUACCGAGGUUUACAGUAAUGAAUGGAGUGAUGCUUUUGAAGAUCUAGUCGACACUGGGGAUAUAACUGAUCAAGAAGCAAUACAAAUUUUACUGGAGUUUAUCGAGAAUAUCUACAAAAUGUGUCUUGGUGUUUCUACAAAUCAUGCAAAUGACUUGAACACAAAUAUUCUAUUGUUCACUGGUCAUAUCUUUAGAGGAGCUGAUAUGAAGAUAUCUACCAACCUUUCAAGCGCUAUGAAGCCAUUUAAAGAUGAAAGAAGACUAAUGUAUAAAGAAUUCCUGCCAACAUUAUGCACGGAAACGAACAAGCUUAGAGAUAUAAAACUGGUGAAGAAGAAGUACAGAACAAAAAAGCUUAAGAAAUACCUUGAUACUGCUACAGAACUUUGUUGGCUUAUGUGUAUUCAAGACCCACCAGUGCAUCUAUACACAGAUUGUAAACAGGGACAUAAAUUUGAUGAAAAUAACUUCAGUGCGUUUACAGUGCGAGGUACAACGGUCGAUUAUUUAGUUUGGCCAGCUCUACAUUUGUGCCAAAAUGGACCAAUUUUGAAGAAAGGAGUAGCACAAGCUAAGGCAACAAACAAAGAAAACCGUACAGAAAAUAAAACCAAACUCUAGCAGGAACUCUGAAAGUCAGUGCCAUGACCAAAAUGCACAAUCACUUUCAUUUUAAAUUAUUAUAAAUUCUAGAUCUUCUGAUUACCUUUACCUCAUUAAAUUAUUUGAAAGAAAUAGUGAUAUAUCUUUUUGAUCUUUUGGUGAACUUUGUUCCUGCCAGUAUAUAAAUAGAACGCCGCUUUUACAUUUUUACAUUGACAUUAUUAACUUGAAAAACCCAACAAACAAAUAGCCAUUACAAAGGAAUUGUUCACAUGUAUACUACUUAUUAUGACAUUUAUAGAAAAGCAAUGGGUUCAUUGGUGUUUCACAUCUCGAAAUACAACUACCCAAUAUAUACAAAUGAAAACACUUUUUUUGCAGACUGCAUAAUAUGAUUAUCUAGCGUGCCGUUUGCGUUCAAAUGAGCGGACAAAACAUUUAAAUACUUAAUUUUUUUAUAUGCAAAUCUGUUGUGUAAAGUUGGUUGUUUCUAUACAGAAUAGAACCAAUAACACAUUUUAAAAAUGUU